AUGGUAGGUGUAGGACAAAUACCGGGCUCCGAAGUGGCGAAUACCGAAGAGCUGGUGGGGUUGGCCGCGUACACGUACACAACCGCGGGAGAACUUAAAGUGGAAGAGAUAGCCAGUUUGGUUGGCGAUGGUGGGGUGCGACAGCGCGCUGCUAGCCAGGCAACACCACCACACGAACAACCAGCAGCAGCAGCAGCAGCAGCAGCGCCAGCAGCAGCACCACGCAGACCCGACGGAGACGCAAGGAACGGGGUUGAAGAAUCCUACGCCGGCGGAGAGACCAAUCAAGGUUUGACGAACGACGGGGAUUGGUCGAGGCGCUCCUCUGACACGCAGAGAGCUCGGGCACGUGACAAGCUACCGCAUACACCGGGCCUCCGUUGGAUCGUAGCGAGGCCUUCAGUACGAUACCAACUACCCUCCGCGCACGCAACAGCAACGGCGAACGCUGAGCCGCGGCAAUAA